AUGAAGCAAGCAGGCCUCUCGCUGGAUCUAGUGGCGUUCAACACCUUAGUGGACUUUCAUGCGCGUCAAGGGAGGGUCAAGACGGCCUUCCAGUGGAUUGAACGUUUAAAGGAAUCAGGUUUUAGUCCAAAUAUUCUCUCGUACAGCCCAGUGGUGUUAGCCUUGGCUCGUGCCGGUGACACUGGGGGUGCGGCAAAGUGUUUGAGGACCAUGAUUGGCGAUGAGGUGAUGCCAAACGCCGUGCUCUUUUCUGCGGUGCUUCAUUGCUACGUAGGACAGGGCGAUGUGGCUGGCGCAGAUGCCAUGCUCUCCAGGCUGGUGGCUGAGGAUGUUGAAUUGGAUCCUCGUACCUUUGAUAUGAUCAUUCGACUUUGCAAUCGUCAAGGUGAACAUCACUUGGCCAUCAAGUGGUUCCGGCAUGCUCGCCACAUGGGAAGCAUGACCAGUGCCUGUGCCAGCGCUGCUUGCGCCAGUUUGGCGGCAAUCGGCGAAGCUGCUGAAACGGCAGCCCUCUUGCAGAAAUUUGAAGAAGAUGGCCUUUCUAUGAAGGUCCGCGCCUAUGCCUCCCUGGCCAAAGCGUGGGCGGCACAGGGGAGGAUUAUUUUGGCAGUCUACACCAUUGGCAAGAUGUAUGCCGCAGGUCAUCAGUGUACGUCCUUGACAUGGGCAACACUCCUGGAAGCCUGUCGCUCGCAACCCCGAAGGCCGCAAGCUGCGGAACUGUUGCUUCGUUGUAUGGCUGAGCACAAAGCAUCCAUCCCAGGCGAUCGCGCCAUGAGUGCAUUGCUAUGGACCUUCGGUGAAAAGCGCUUAGAGAGAUUGCUGCGCAACUUGUGGUUGAAGGUGGGCGAAACGCCUUCUGCUUCGCAGGAGGAGCCUGGUGAGCCAUGCUGGUCGGAUUUACAGAGGUCGGCCUUGCAACCACCGCAAGACGGACAUCGUGCCAUGUUGAAGAGAAUUUGGAGUCCACGAACCGGACCUGAAGCUGCUGCCACGGCUGCUUACCGCCGCAUGCCGAAAGGACAUCCUGCAAAGUGA